UGCCCCGCGCGGCGUGGACUCGGGCCGCUGCCGCCAUCCCGCUGGCGAGAGGGAGAGAGAGGCCCGCCCGCUCGCCGGUCGGGCCAGUGUGGGCCAGUGCGUGAGGGCGCGGGGGGCCGUGUCAGCGAGACGCAGAGCGCAGCCGCCACCAGCAAACGGACAUGUUGGAGCCCAUCGCCGCCGCCGCCUCCUUUUCCUCAUCCUCCGAACGGGACUGAGAGGGGGCCCGCCACCCUCCGCCUCUGCCGCCCGCCCCGCCGCCUCGGCCUCAGCCUCUUCCUGCCCGGCCUCUGGCUCCGCCGCUCGUCGCUUCCCCCCCGCCCCUCAGGCCCGGCCGGUUCCCCGGCCCCGCUCCGCCGCGGCGCGAGGUCUAUGUGACCGGCGGGCCCGGAGCAGCCGCCGCCGCAGCGUGAACAUGGACGCCGUCAACGCCUUCAACCAGGAGCUCUUUUCACUUAUGGAUAUGAAACCUCCCAUCUCUCGAGCCAAGAUGAUUCUUAUCACUAAAGCUGCCAUUAAAGCUAUUAAGCUUUAUAAGCAUGUAGUUCAAAUAGUAGAAAAGUUCAUCAAAAAGUGUAAACCAGAGUACAAGGUUCCAGGAUUAUAUGUAAUUGACUCAAUUGUGCGACAGUCUCGUCAUCAGUUUGGAACCGAUAAAGAUGUUUUUGGGCCAAGAUUCUCUAAAAACAUAACCGCCACAUUCCAAUAUUUAUAUCUUUGUCCAUCUGAAGAUAAGAGUAAAAUAGUUCGUGUGCUGAACCUUUGGCAAAAAAAUGGAGUAUUCAAAAUUGAAAUUAUUCAACCUCUUUUGGAUAUGGCUGCAGGAACCAGUAAUGCCGCCCCGGUAGCAGAAAAUGUUACUAAUAAUGAAGGUUCACCUCCACCUCCAGUUAAAGUUUCUUCUGAACCACCCCAAGCCACUACAAACUCUGUACCAACUGUACCACAGUUGCCUAGCUCUGAUGCUUUUGCUGCUGUGGCCCAACUGUUUCAGACAACUCAAGGUCAACAGCUUCAGCAGAUCCUUCAGACUUUUCAACAGCCUCCAAAACCACAGUCUCCGGCCAUUGACAAUGCUGUGAUGGCUCAGGUCCAGGCUAUCACAGCUCAGUUAAAGACAGCUCCUGCACAGCCACCUGAACAAAAAGCUGCUUUCCCCCAGCCUGAGCAAAAAACUGCAUUUGACAAGAAGCUCCUUGAUAGAUUUGAUUAUGAUGAUGAGCCAGAAGCUGUGGAAGAAGCAAAGAAGGAAGACGCCGCCGCUGCUGCUGCUGCUGCUGCUGCCGCCGCCGCCGCCGCCGCCGCCGCCACCACCACCACCACCCCUGCUGUGGCUGUUGCGCCUCCAGCGCCCACCUCCGCCACUGCGCCCGCCACUGCACCCACCGCUUCCCCUCCACAGGCACCCUUUGGGUUUCCUGGAGAUGGCAUGCAGCAGCCAGCAUAUACGCAACAUCAAAAUAUGGAUCAGUUUCAACCUCGAAUGAUGACAAUACAGCAGGAUCCAGUGCACCAUCAGGUUCCACUUCCUCCGAAUGGACAGAUGCCAGGAUUUGGCCUUCUUCCUACACCUCCAUUUCCUCCCAUGGCUCAGUCUGUGAUUCCUCCAACUCCACCCGUGCAGCAGCCUUUCCAAGCUUCUUUUCAGGCACAAAAUGAACCACUUACACAGAAGGCACAUCAGGAAAUGGAAGUAGAACAACCUUGUAUUCAAGAGGUUAAACGGCACAUGUCUGAUAACAGAAAGUCAAGAUCUAGGUCAGCAUCCAGGUCACCAAAAAGAAGGCGAUCUCGAUCUGGCUCUAGAUCUCGAAGGUCCCGUCAUCGACGUUCUCGAUCACGGUCCAGAGAUAGACGCCGACAUUCUCCUAGAUCUCGGUCCCAAGAAAGGCGAGAUCGAGAAAAAGAAAGAGAACGCCGACAAAAAGGCCUUCCUCAAAUCAAACCAGAAACUGCGAGUGUUUGUAGUACUACCCUCUGGGUGGGACAGCUGGACAAAAGGACUACUCAACAGGAUGUGGCCAGUCUAUUAGAAGAGUUUGGUCCAAUUGAGUCAAUUAAUAUGAUUCCUCCCAGAGGUUGUGCCUAUAUUGUUAUGGUUCAUAGGCAAGAUGCUUAUCGUGCCUUGCAGAAACUGAGCCGAGGAAACUAUAAAGUGAACCAGAAAUCCAUAAAGAUUGCCUGGGCUUUAAACAAAGGAAUAAAGGCAGAUUAUAAGCAGUAUUGGGAUGUAGAACUGGGUGUUACUUAUAUUCCAUGGGACAAAGUCAAGCCUGAAGAACUGGAGAGUUUUUGUGAAGGAGGAAUGUUGGACGGUGAUACACUUAAUCCAGAUUGGAAAGGAAUCCCCAAGAAGCAUGAAAAUGAAGUUGCUCAAAAUGGAGGGGCGGAAACCUCACACACAGAACCAGUGUCACCCCUACCUAAGCCUUUGCCAGUGCCUGUCCCUCCUGUGCCCGUCCCUGCACCCAUAACAGUGCCACCUCCACAGGUCCCACCACAUCAGCCUGGUCCUCCUGUAGUUGGUGCUCUCCAGCCACCCACGUUCACACCUCCCUUGGGCAUUCCCCCUCCGGGUUUUGGUCCUGGUGUUCCUCCUCCGCCGCCGCCUCCACCAUUUUUGCGCCCAGGAUUUAAUCCGAUGCAUUUACCACCAGGUUUUCUUCCUCCUGGACCCCCACCUCCUAUAACUCCACCAGUAUCCAUUCCUCCUCCUCACACUCCACCAAUAAGCAUCCCAAACUCUACUAUCGCUGGUAUAAAUGAAGACACUACAAAAGACUUAUCUAUUGGAAAUCCCAUUCCAACAGUGGUGUCUGGGGCUAGAGGAAACGCCGAGUCUGGUGACAGUGUGAAAAUGUAUGGCUCUGCCGUGCCACCUGCUGCACCCACGAAUCUGCCCACCCCUCCUGUAACCCAGCCUGUUUCACUUCUUGGUACUCAAGGAGUUGCACCUGGUCCCGUGAUUGGGCUCCAGGCACCAUCCACUGGUCUUCUUGGUGCCCGCCCUGGCCUGAUCCCACUUCAGCGCCCUCCAGGAAUGCCUCCACCUCACUUACAGCGGUUUCCUCUGAUGCCACCUCGCCCCAUGCCGCCACAUAUGAUGCAUAGAGGCCCCCCUCCAGGACCGGGGGGCUUUGGAAUGCCUCCACCUCAUGGAAUGAAAGGUCCCUUUCCACCGCAUGGCCCCUUUGUUAGGCCGGGCGGAAUGCCAGGGCUUGGGGGCCCAGGGCCAGGCCCAGGGGGCCCCGAGGACAGAGACGGCAGGCAGCAACCCGCCCAGCCGCCGCCGCCACCCCAGCCACAGCCGCAGCAGCCGCCGCCUGCCCAGCCACCGCCGUCCGCGCAGCCGCCGCCACAGCCGUUUAGAAAUGAUAACAGGCAGCAGUUCAAUUCAGCUGAAGAAAACUCUAGGGUCACCUGGAAGGAAAGGACUACAGAACGUUAACUGUCCUCUGGGGCAGGCAACACAGAGCCUACGCUACUUGGUGUCUGCGAGAACCAAAUGCAGCUCCCGUGGGUAACUCAGGGCAAUCGCUUCCCACACGUUAAACAAGUGAUGGUGACCUGCAGACAUGAAUAAAAUACUAACACUAAGGUCCAGCUCAGAUUUUAGACUUAACAAAAUGUUUAACUAUAAGGGGGACACUCAAUUGUGGCAGGAAAAUCUGGCCAUUUUAAAACUAGACAAAGACUACUUCUGUUUCCACAGUACACAUCUAAUAUGACCAAAUGUAACUUACUUAACGACCACAGUUCCAUAGAAGAGUGUCAUAACCACCUACAUCAUUAAUUCACCUUCACUGUAAUCAUCAAAUAAAGUAAUUGCUUUUCCUAAUCUGAACUAAAGGUACAAUGUACGUGGAUCCUUAGAAACCAGGAUUAAUAAUCAUGAACUCGUGAAAAGAUACAUGUCUGUGUAUUAGAAGAAAUGGUACGCAUAUCCUAGCAUAUGAAAACUCACCACCAUUGUGCGGCCAAUGAUGGAAUGGUCUCCUGAGAGUGCGAUCAGAGAAUCUUCCAAGGACACGGUGGCCACACCAUCCUUGCCAGCAGUCACGUUGCCCAGGUCUCCAACAUGCCUAACAGUUUUGAAAAAGCAUCAGGAAUUAGGACUGACUUCCAUUUAACAUCAGGCUAGCUGGUGAGUCAGAUACAUAAGGGUGGACACUAAGAGGUGGAUAUGGUAUGUGUCAGAUAGGACCCACUCUUCCAGACGGACAGAUUUUUAGAACAUACACAACUAGAAACAACUUGAUAUUCUAGACACAUUGCUCUUCAAACAAAGCUUCAAAUCUACACAGUAGUGCUCUGGGAAGAAUCAUGGGAUGGGGGCACAUCUCUAAUGUCAGAGGUAAAGUACCAAAGGGUAAAUUCUGAGUUAAUGAGUUACACCUGUUAAUACUUGGCAUGGCUAAGAAUGCUAUAUGCUAGGCCUCUGUUAUUAAAAUAAAUUAAUCCCUGUCCUUAAAUUUAAUAUUUUCCUGAAAGGCUCUCAGGAAACACACAAAUGGACUCACUGAAUUUUCAAUAUCAAAUUUUUAUCUACAAGGCUUCCUAUGUUUCACAAUGGUUUAUGUUGCUAGUGGUUGACAGUACUGUUUGUUAUUCAUGACAUUUCCUGUAUUAGUUCCCUUUGGCACUUGUAUUAGUUCUAUAUUCAAUAAAUGCUACAAAACCAAA